AUGGAUCCCGCAGUUCAACGGCUGCUUACUGACAAGCUCUACGAUAAAAGGAAGCAGGGCGCCCUCGAGCUCGAGCGUUUCAUCCGAGAGGCUAGUGCCGCCAAAGAAUAUGACAAGAUCCGGAAGACGAUUGAUCAGUUGUGUCACGACUAUGCCUAUGCUGUGCACCUUCCACAUGCCCGUAAUGGAGGACUCAUUGGUCUAGCGGCUGCUUCGAUCGCCUUGGGCUCUGAUGAGGUCGCCCGUUAUUUGUCUGACAUUGUUCCACCUGUUCUAGCAUGCUUUACCGAUCAAGACGCCCGUGUACGCUAUUAUGCCUGCGAGGCCAUGUACAACAUUGCCAAAGUGGCCAAGGGAGAGAUACUGCUUGCUGCCGACUCAGAGCUCUCAGUGAAGAACGGCGCGGAGCUCCUCGACCGUCUAAUCAAGGAUAUUGUUUCCGAGUCCGCGGCGUCGUACGUUUCAGUCCUCAAUUUCAAUGAGGAUGGCGAACAACUCGAUCCAGACAAGGAAAGCGCCGACCUCCCCACAACCUUCUCCCUUGCAAAGUUCAUUCCCCUUCUCGAAGAGCGCAUUCACGUCAUCAACCCAUUUACGCGCACCUUUCUGGUUUCAUGGCUGACCCUUCUCGACACCAUUCCCGAUUUGGAACUUGUACACUACUUACCAGCUUUUCUUGGAGGCCUCUUCAAAUUCCUCGGAGAUCCGAAUCGGGACGUGUAUGUGGCGACGCAAGGGUUGCUUGAGCGCUUCCUUAGCGAGAUCAAGAAAAUCGCAAAGAUCAAGCGCGGGAUUGCCGAAAGUCGCCGCACUCGAGCUGGCAAUCGUAGACCUGGGUCUGAUGCGGGCAGCACUACGGCUCGCGGUAGUCAGUCGAAUGAAAAUGCUAUCGAAGAUUCCGAGUCUGGGACCGCUCAAGACGAACUGAACGAACUUGGGGAGCACGACGGUGAUUGGAUACCUGGACAAGAUGUACAGGUGGAUUACGCACAGAUCCUCGAUAUCUUGCUAAAGUUUGUCGAUGUCUCGUCCAGGUUGUCCAAACAAAAGGAAGAAGAGAUCGGCAUCGUCGCCCUACGAUGGAUUGACAGCUUCUUCGAGAUCAGUCCGGAAGAAAUUCUGCAGUUCGUGCCUCGCCUGCUGUCGCGCGUUCUGCCAGCACUAUCGGCGCAGUCGGAGCAAGUCAGAACGACCGCCAGCAAGGUCAACAGGUCCUUGAUGGAUUACAUUGUCACCUUCCAAGAUGAGGUGUCAAACGAUGACCAGGGUGCGCUCAUAUCCGGCACCCUGGUGAGUGUGACGACGCGAGACGGAGAAAGUUCCGAAAAAAGACAAUCAGGGGGGACAACCAAGAGCGUGCCUUCGCAAGCGGACAGUAAAAACGAGACUCCUCCUGAAGCGUCUUCUGAGAUAGAGCAGUCGCCUCCGGAGGUCACUCCCCGGUCCACCGCAGCGCCGUCACCGCAACCCAUGGCUGACCUCGACUACGCGGCAGCAGUGAACGCGUUGACGCUGCAGUUCCUCAACGAACACGAAGAGACGCGUGUGGCAGCAUUGAGCUGGUUGAUUAUGCUUCACAGAAAAGCGCCAAAGAAAGUUCUUGCCUUCAAUGACGGGACGUUUCCUGCCCUGCUCAAGACGCUUUCUGAUCCGGCAGAAGCGGUUGUGACACGCGAUUUGCAGCUUCUUUCACAGAUCUCCAAGAACAGCGAAGACGGAUACUUCACAUCCUUCAUGGUGGCGUUGCUUCAGCUCUUCUCCACCGACCGUAAGCUGCUGGAGAUCCGGGGCAACUUGAUUAUUCGUCAAUUGUGUAUCAACCUCCAACCUGAGCGCAUCUAUAGGACAUUGGCCGACUGCAUCGAAAAGGACGAAGAUAUCGAGUUUGCGAGUAUCAUGAUUCAGAAUCUCAACAACAACCUCAUUACGGCGCCUGAACUGGCCGAGCUGAGGAAAAGGCUUCGAAACCCGGACAGCAAGGAGGGGCAGAUGUUCUUUGUGGCUCUGUUUCGCGCUUGGUGUCACAAUGCUGUGGCUACGUUCUCGCUGUGCCUCCUGGCCCAAGCAUAUGAGCAAGCCUACAAUCUACUCCAGAUAUUUGCUGACUUGGAAAUGACGGUCAACAUGCUCAUCCAGAUCGAUAAGCUGGUGCAGUUACUAGAAAGUCCUGUCUUUACGUAUCUACGACUCCAACUCCUCGAACCCGAUCGCUAUCCCUACCUUUAUAAAUGUCUCUACGGUCUUCUCAUGCUGCUCCCCCAAUCCUCUGCCUUUGGUGCCUUGAAAAACCGCCUCAACAGUGUCUCUGCCAUAGGGCUGUUACAUACACCGGUCUCGAUGCCUACUUCAGCCAGACCAUCUGUGGUCUCGGGGAUUUCUUCGACUUCUUUACCCGCUACAACCGGCAGCGCUCUAAAUAGCACUGUCAGCUCUCGUCUCUCACGAACGCGUGAUGCCACAGCCGCUGUCGGUGUGAACGAGAUUAAAUGGCCCGAACUGCUUGACAAGUUCAAACAGACCCAGGAACGCGCGAGGCGUCGAAACGAGAGACUUCUCAGGGGGGAACUUGAUGCAGAAACGCCUAUUUCUGCAAUACAGAGUGCGGCUGAUGAUGCCGGCCGCUCAAGUCGUGCGAGUUUACGAGAUGGUGGUAUCGGUGGAGUAACGGACGGCGAUGCAUUUCGAAGCGGACAUAAACUACACGGUGGACGACCUUUGAGUGGUGUCGGCGCAACUGGCACCGGAUCAGGGUUGGUUAAGCCAGCAACUGGGCUGGCAAUAACAGGUGUCGGGGGCCCUGGUGCUAGGACGGUGGGCGCCGGAGACGAUCGAGUUGGACCGCAUAAACGAGGUCAUAGUCUGGCAGGGGGUUUUGGGAAAUUUGCGAGCGGGAUUGCCAGGGCUGGGGGGAGUAAAGACAGGGAGAAGAAGAAGUAG